UCUCUGCCCUUCCUCUUCCCGAACAGCGGUGACCUCCACCACCACCACCACCACCGCCUGUGCUCUUCUUCCACCCAAGAACCGAGCAAAGGGAGAUGGCGACGGAGGGCGAGAGGUGGGUGGGCCUGGCCGUGGACUUCUCGGAGGGGAGCCGCGCGGCGCUCAAGUGGGCGGCGGACAACCUGCUCCGCACCGGCGACAGCCUGCUCCUCCUGCACGUCGUCAAGGACCCCGACUACGAGCAGAGGGAGACCAUCCUCUGGGAGGCCACUGGCUCGCCUUUGAUCCCCCUCUCUGAAUUCUCUGAGCCUUCGAUUCCAAAGAAAUAUGGGGUGAAGCCUGAUGCUGAAACAUUGGACAUGCUCAACACUAUAGCCAAGCAGAAGGAGGUUACAGUGGUUUCGAAAGUCUUGUUUGGAGAUCCCCGCGAGAAGCUGUGCCAAGCUAUCCAUGACAUCCCCAUGAGCUGCCUGGUUAUCGGGAGCAGGGGCCUUGGAAAGCUCAAAAGGGUGCUCUUAGGCAGCGUCAGCGAUUAUGUUGUGAACAACGCUGCCUGCCCUGUCACAGUUGUGAAGCCACCGACCACCCACACCUGAUCGUAUUGUCGAAAAUAUCCACAUGUGCUUUAGUUUGCUGAGUGCUAUAUAUCCCGUUAGCUGAGGCAACUUAUUGGACCAUGCAGUAUUAUUUGUUUGUAAUAAUAGCAACCAGCCUGCUGAUUGCUGAAGAUACCCUGAUGUAUAUUUUGCGCAUGUGUUGUGUACAAUUGUGUGCCUAUCUUCAGUAUUGGCGCCGCUGUUCGUUGCAUCAGUGAUGUUAAUAUACAGUUUCUAGAGUCUGAAUAAGUGGAUUCUGGUAGUUUUCUGGACA